CAGUGACUUCCGCGUUGUGUUGGAAGACGGCUGAAGCGUUCAGGUUGCGAGGGGCAACAGGCUGGUGGGGGCUUCCCGAGCAUUGUGUGCAGGAGGAGCCGCGUGCCCCAUAAGUGGUGGUAGUGAACUGUAAGCAUGAUGUUACCCUUCAGAAUUAACAGGCUGGCUCUGGCCUACUCCAUGACCACAUUAGGAGCUGGAAUGAUGAACCAUAUAUUUAAUUUUUAUUACGUGAAGCUGUUUCUUGACCGCUACAAAAUAUCAGAGGGAGCUUUUCAUCAAGCUCAGGUUGUGUUCAUGAUCUGGAAUGCCAUAAAUGAUCCUUUAUUUGGGUACAUACAAGACAAUUCAAAGUCAGACUUCUGCUCUAUACGCCGCAGGUCCAUCUUAUUUGGAGCACCAUUUUAUGCUUUGGCCUUCCUAAUACCUUGGUUUCCCUGGAAAGACUACUCAGAAGGUGAAUGGCUUAGUGGCAUCCAUCUUGUUGUAGCACUGUGUGUGUUUGAUGGCAUGCUUACCUUUGUUCUGCUUGCCCAGUGUGCCCUGUUCACUGAGAUUUCAACGAAGCAUGAAAGCCGCCUUGAACUCAUAAAAUACAACCAGUUGGCUUCGCUGCUGGGCUCCUCAAGCAUCCUCUUUUGUGGACUUGUCUCGGAUAACAUGGAGAACAUUCCAAGAUUUCAGACCUUCACCUUGGGUUUGGCGGUACUGUCCACUGCAUGCAUGUGUUAUACCGGUGUGUUUGGGGUGACCCAGUACGAGCAGAAGUUUCUGGAGGGCAAGAGCCGCUCAGACACCCCACUCUCCUGGUCCUCUGUUCUGACUCUCACUAAGCAGAUCCUCACUCAAAAAAACUUUCUUCUAUUUGUGUCUAUGAACUUUUUUCAAGUUUUCCAUGCCACUUUUUGCAGUAACUUCAUGAUGAUAUUCGCUGAUAACCUAAUUCCCAAAGAUGCUCUUCCUUCUUUUAUAAGAAGCAUCAUGUAUGGAGCUGGAUUUUUAUUUCCUCAGUUUCUUGUGCUGAUCAGUCACUCAUUACUACUAAACAUUGGUUACUACAAGGUGAUCCUAUGGGGAUUCUAUGUGGAAGUCAUUUCAGCAGUUCUGAUGCUUUUAAUAGGACCUCAGCAUUACUAUAUUCUAGCCGCAUUCCUUGUCACUAACAUGGUGUUGGUGUAUGCCUCAUUUAGUUUAUUCAAUCUGCCACUAGCUGAUAUUGUGGAUGCUGAUCUUGCUAACUACAAGCGCAAGUCUCCUUUGUCUUCAAUGGUCUUUGGAACAAAUGCUCUAUUCACAAAGCCUGCUCAGUCUCUGGCACCCAUGUUUGUUGUCAGUAUACUUAAUCAGUAUGGAUAUGAACAUCUAACCAGCAAAGCUGACCAGCCAGAUCCCAAUCUGUUUUUAGGUCUCCAUGAUGCAAUGUUCUACCUGACGUGUUUGAUCCCUCUCUGUAUAGCCGCUGUACAGAUCUUCAUUUGGACCCCGUUCUCCAUCCGGAGCAGUCAUGUUACAGAUUCAUACUGAGCGAUUGAAGCAAUAGUUUAUGAACACUAAGUACAAUGUGAUAGGAAUAGUUUGGUGCCUUUUUAUAAUGUUUAUUUCUAAUAACUGCCUGGUAAGCAGUUUUUGGUUGUUUAUUCUAUAUUUUCCUCUGCCUGCCAAAUUUUAGAGAAAAUCUCUCGCUGAGCACUAUCUACAUUGGAACUAGCUUCACGGCAUAAACCCUGGGCAAGCGUGUCGAGAUCCUACGGGGUAAAUUACCGCACAAGUCAGGAAGACACUGGCUGCAAAAAUCGCCUAGUAGCG